AUGGCCUCCUCUUUCGUUAUCAGAACGCCCUGUUCAUCCGCCAACAUUGGUCCUGGCUUCGAUGUGAUCGGCCUGGCCCUAUCCCUCUACCUCGAACUCCAUGUUACCAUUGACUCGUCCAAGUCAUCCUCGCAGCAGCCCCUCAACUGUCUGAUCACGUACGAUGACCAGAGCAAAAGCACCGAGAAGAUUAGCUUGGACCCGGAGGUGAAUCUGAUCACCCGUGUAGCGCUGUAUGUGCUCAGAUGCCACGACCAACGGGCCUUCCCCCCUGAGACCCGUGUCCAUAUCGUAAACCCUAUCCCUCUGGGUCGGGGUCUGGGGUCGUCUGGUACUGCGGUAGUAGCCGGUGUGAUGUUGGGAAAUGAAGUUGGUCGUCUGGGUCUGAGCAAGGACAGACUACUCGACUACUGUCUGAUGAUUGAGCGUCACCCGGACAAUGUCGCCGCAUCAUUGUUCGGAGGCUUCGUUGGAACCUACCUGAACGAACUCAAGCCUGAAGACGUUGCUCGGACAGAAAUCCCCCUUAGUGAGGUCCUACCCGCGCCUGCCGGUGGAAUUGAUACCGGCAAACAGCCUCCAGAGCCCCCACUUGGUAUUGGUCAUUACAGGAAGUUCCAAUGGGCCAAGGAGAUCAAGACGAUUGCCAUCAUUCCGGACUUUGUGGUGCCCACUGCUAAUGCACGGAAUGUGCUUCCCACGUCAUACUCUAGGGCCGAUGUGGUCUUCAAUCUGCAACGUGCUGCCCUGCUUCCCGCGGCAUUGGGCAGCUCCCCGCCGGACCCCGAUAUGAUCUAUCUCGCCAUGCAGGACAAAGUCCACCAACCAUACCGCAAGACCCUCAUCCCUGGGCUGACCGAGGUCCUCCAGUCGAUGAACCCAAGCACGCAACCCGGUCUCUUGGGUAUUUGCUUAUCUGGUGCAGGGCCAACUAUCCUCGCGUUGGCUACUGAGCGGUUUGAAGAGAUCGCGGGCCGCAUUAUCUCUCAGUUCGAAGCCAACAACAUCUCUUGCCAGUGGAAACUGCUGCAACCUGCCCAAGAAGGUGCCGUGGUGGAAUAUUCUUAA